GGUGUUGAUGAGGAUAUAAUGAUGUUGAUUUUAUUACAUUAAACAAUCUGGAAAUUGUGUGUUUAUUUGUACCAAUGACAUUAUUGAUCAUUCGACCCUAUUACAGAAUCCCACGUAGAAUAGUUGAAUCUGAUAGAGUAAUAAUGACAGCUUUUUAUUGCUUCGACUGCUACUUUGUUAUCGUGGAUCCAUGGGGGACCAGUUUAUAAAAUCUAAUUUAACGACUGCAAGUGUUAGUAGUCUGCCAGUGUUAAAAUGAGUGUCAACAUGAAAGCAUCGAUUGUUGGAAAUACAACGUUUCCAAGUUUUAAGGAAUUAAAUUCAACAGAGAGUAACUGGAUAACAUCAAUUAAUUACUAUGGAUUAAUUUACACUUCACUUUUAUUUGUGAUUGGCAUUCCCGGAAAUGUAUUGGUGUUUUUUGUUUAUUCCAAAAAAACGAGAAAAAAUUCCACGACUAUAUUUAUUUUAGUUCUGGCUGUAUUUGAUUUGGUAAACUGCACGGCAACGUUACCGACAGAAAUUGUUAUGUUACUGAAUCCUUUUGUUUUUAACAUUGGACCCGUCUGCAAAAUGUCUAGAUUUACUACGUAUACAUGUAACAGUGCUGCCGCUGUCAUCCUUGCGGCCAUUGCGGUGGACAGAUACAAACGGGUAUGUACUCCCCAUGGAAAACAAUUUACUCUAAAAAAAGCGAAACGAAUGGCAUUCUGGGCAUUUAUUACUUCCGUUAGUUUUACAUGGCCGUCUCUAAUGAUAUAUGGACAAAGAACUAUUAGUACGGAAAGUGCAAACGUUACACGUCAAAUAUGUGAAAUAGAUGAUUCACACGUUUUGACGGUUUACCCACUUAUUUAUUACUCUUAUAUGUGUUUUUCUACAUGUGGAAUAUAUUUUAUUCUUCUAGCAUCAUACAUUAGUAUUGUUAUGAAAAUGGUGAGGCGCAGGAACUUCACCAGUUUGAUAGGUCGCCGAUCUGUUUCUAACAAAGAAGUGCCAGACAUACACAUAGAACAUCCCUCGUCUGUUGGGCAUCAUACAAACGCACUGCAAGUAACCAGUGUUCACAGCUCUACGCGCAGUCUGAACGUCUGUUGUCGUACUGACGAAUCAAAUUGUUUCCAAUAUGAACCAGCUGUGUCGGUGCCGAAAAAUAGCCAAAACAUGGCUAAACCAUCAAAGGAAAAAGAUAAUCCGAAUGAGAUGGAUUUAAAACUUCAGGAAUGCUCAAUGAAGCCUGACGUAAACAAUAUAAAACCAAAUUGCUUUUUAAAUGUUGACAGUCUUAUAGAUUGCAAAGAAGUUGUAAACGAAUACGAUGCUGUAUAUAAUACUAGUAAUCGAAAUGAACAAAAUAUCGGUUCUAAUCCAGAGAAUAAUCCCGAGUGCAUCGGAAAUAAAAAUAAUGAAAACGAUAAAACUAUGAUCCAAGUGUUGAAUAAUCUGAAUAAAGAAACAGAUGAAUCGAACCAGAAGCCAAAACAAACAAUGACAAAGACCAAUAGUCUGGACGUUCCUUCGCCUAAACAUUCACCGGAAAUUUCUAGCAAAGACAGUUCAAAAUAUGAAAACACAUCAGAAAACCGAACUAAAACCAAACGUAAGCGUAAGGUAUCGCAAACGCGUAGUAAUACAGGAGAAAUAUCCUUAAAUGGAUCAAGUAAAAGUAAAAUGCGACCCUCUAAAAGGAGUUUAAGGGCACAUCGUUUAGGUAAGACAACUCUUAUGCUUUUAGUUGUGACUAUGGUAUAUAUCUUAAGCUUUCUCCCAUUUCUUGGAGUUGUUAUACAAAGAUCCAUAUCUCCUAUUGUUCCGUUGCUUUAUAAAGGAGAAUAUGACACAGUGUACGAAGCUUUGUACAGAUCUUAUUUACUAAACUGUGCGGUGAAUCCGCUAAUUUAUUCGUUUUGCAACGCAAAUUUUAGAAAAGACUGUCAAGCAACGUGCAGGAGACGAAAAUUGUUCUACAGAUAAAUGGCGACGGUGAAGAAAAAAAUAUUUUUACACAUAUCAUACUUUUUCCAAUUUGUAUCAUGGUUUGUGCAGACUACAUACAGGUUGAUAGACACUGUGGAAUUAUUUUUAUGUUGUUUUGAUUUAAAUAUAUGAAUAUUUCACUAUGUCCUGAAGUGAAAGUACUAUUUUAUAGUAAUUACGUUAGGCCACGCAAAUUCAAUUUGCUGUUCCAGCGAUUUACUCGCCCAUUUAGAUCUUGUUUAAAAUUUAAAAACGAAAGUGAUUUUUAAUGUUUUGCCCUUGUUCUGUUAUUUUCUAAUCCUGUUAAUCAAAUCUGAUAUUUUCUAAUAAAAUGAUCCAUGAUCCAUGUUAGCUAAGGCUCCGUGUUGAAGGCCGUACCUUAACAUGUCUUGGUUUACUUUAAUAAAUUAUUACUUGGAUGGAGAGUUGUCUCAUUGGAACUCAUACAUGUACCACAUCUUCCUACAUGUAUUGUGAUAUAAACAUUAAAAUAAAAAAAACUUCGACAUGUUCAAUUUCGUAUUGUUUGGCAUGUACUAUCAUUCGUGAACAAAUUUGUUUUUUUAAUAUCUUUGCAACAUUUUGGUUUAUUUCUUUAACCAUCUAGUAAUCAUGUAUGCAUUAACAGAUUUGAAACUGCCGUUGGAAACUCAAUUUGAGUACAUUACCACUAGCCAUUUGGAAACCCCUGCCUAUUCAUGGAUGUUUUACCAAUGUAUAUGAAUACUUUUAUAAAUCAUAAUUGUCGAU